CUAUCUUCCCUCCUCAUUCACCUCUAGGCACUACAACAAGCAUCUCCUGGCUGGACCAAUUUAGGGCCGCCAAGUGGGGUAUCACCUUUUCUCGUCGUUCGACCUCUUGUUUCGUUUUAAGCAGACUCUUUCAUUGUUGGUGGAGUUUUGCACACUCACCUCACACUCGUUUCUGGCGUGUCUAACAAGAGAUUCAGCACACAAUGACUUUUUCCGCGUAUCAUAUGACGAGUAAAGCUCGGGACUACUGGAGGGAAAAUCCUCCCAAUUCCCCCUAUACCGUGCCAGCGAUAGCCAUCUGCGAGUAUGGCAAUAGAUCGUCUGAGAGUGAUUUGUUGGGCUUCAAUCAUGCACAUCCCCAGAUCAGCGGCGAUGGAUAUAGGUUCUCGGCCUCAGAGUACGAAUGCGGCAGCAAUUAUGGAAGUAUAUCCGUGUCCUCAGAUGCGCUCAGUGACAAGCAAACCGAAAAAUUUCCUGAUUUCGUUGACGAUGGCAGCCCCAAGACUAGGGAAGAUCGCCUCCCAGCUCCCAACAGUGGCCAGCAGCAUCACUUUCCUCAACACUCCCCUCUCCAGAUGGUUACUGGAUACCCUUACCAUCCCAACAGCAGCCCCGGACAGACCUCGACCAGGUAUCAAGCGGCUUAUAAAUUCUAUCCCAGCGUGUCAUACUUGCCGCGUCAUUCUCUUUGCGCAAUAGAGACAAACUAUUUACCAAUUCUGGAACGGGGGCUUCGAAAAAACCCAAAUGGCGGACUCGACGAUAGCUUUACGAAGUCUCAAGAUCAAAUCACAAGCCUUCCUCCUACUGCUGUAUCUAGGGAGUGCACGGAAAUUCCUUCAUCAGUGAAUCCAAAUAUCGUUGGGGUAAACCGUCACUUUGUUGGGGUUGCUUCGACAAUGGAGCAAAAAGGAGGUGAUGUCGUCUCACCUGUCACUCUAGCGACGUCUGAGGAACACGCUCCUUCGUCCUCGUCUGCACCAGCUUCUCAGUUUCCAUCUGACUACAACAACACCCUACAGCACCCAGACACUGCACCAGCUUCUGCUGCGAUUACUGCGAUCACCGGAACAGUUGCCACAAUGCCAGUCGCAGACAACAGUCCUCACACCUACGCUAGCAAUCCGGUCUGCUACCCAUACGCGAUGCCAUUCGAUAACGGGGCGAGAUACAGCCUGCCACCCAGUUUUGGGGUUAUCAAAAUUACCAAUAUCCCUUAUGCGGUAACCAAGCAUGAGAUCUUGCAGUUUCUUGGUCGCAACGCCAGACCAUUGACGCCAGACCUGGGAUGCCCUGUCCAUAUUAUAAUGGAGCGUUCGACUGGAAAAACUAUGGACUGCUACGUUGAAUUUCCAGCUAAGGCUGAUGCGGACUGUGCGCUUGCCUGGGUUAACCGGGGUCUAGACAGUUUCCAAACCCCGAAGUUAGGCAAUCGCCACGUGGUAGUCAGGGCUAGCAACCAGGACGAGUUGCUCAAGGAUCUCUUUCCCCGUGCCAAAAAUGUCGAUUGGAAAGAUGGUAUUCCUCAUGUGAGGGCCGGAAGAGAGAAUUAUUGCUCUGGAUUUCAGGGAUUUUUGACUGGGGAGGAAAUCUUUUGCACUGUUCGCCAUGCUGAGGUGCCUCAGCGUUCCGUUUACUGCGCAAAGUGCCUUCAACGCCCGUACGAAAAUAUGAUGAGUACCUUGCACAAGUUCCCUUGGUAUGCGACAUAUCAUUACACCGUGGAAGAUCGCAAUCAGAUUUUCUCUGCCACCCUGCGCCUGAUUCAUGCUUUGGUGCCGCAAGUGGAGCGAGGACAAACUAUUGGGCUCGACUCGCGCCUUGUUCAGGAGCUACUUGAGGCAGGACUGCGCUGCCCUGUCUUCAAUGACCGUCAGAAGUUUGUUCUCAAUGUUGCAGCAAAGAACCAUAGUGUGGUUGCAUCCCCCACUGAACGCUUCUGGCCGUUUGAUACCAUCACCCGCAAGCCUAACGCUACUGAGGAGCACGUCAUGCAAUAUGCUGAAUUCAUCGUAGCUGGUGCUGCUACCUUGGACCCUGGUACUAACUUCCUUGCGAACACCUGGCAUCCUGUCAUGCAUGCAAGCUCUCCUUUUGGAAAGAUCUGGCUUGAGUGGGGUUGGGGAAAUACCCACCACAAAUGGCAGACCGCGGUGGACUAUGAAAAUAGUAUUUUAAUACAGCUAGUCACUGAGGGCGUUAAGAACAAACGUGGUGCAGAGAGCCGGUCUCAUUCACUCGCAACUUCUGGUUCAUCUACUUCAGCUUCCGUUGAAGCUCCCUCUUCAGCCGCAGACCCUAUCACUAAGAAAUUUUCCCAAUCCUUUGCACACGAUACUCUCCGCUACCCCGUUCGGGCUACCCACAACAUGAACCGCCAGGCCAGCUCUGCUCCAAUCAAUUUAAUCCAUAUUCCACUUUCUACAAAUAAGUUAAGUGACAACGAUGAUGCCUCGCGUGCCAGUCCGGCUAAUCACCGGAGGCCUGCAAACUCCUUUUCGGGACUCGCCGAUACUCAGGACAUGGUACCCAAAAACAUAUUUGGAGCAGUGGGCACGCGUCGCCGCACCCGUGCUACAACUAAUGGAAGUCGUCAUUCUCCAGUGCCUGAGGUGGAUGAGACUUGCUAUGAGUGUUCUGUGUGAUUUUGCGCACAUCAUCUAGUUCUGUUAAUUGUCACGCAGUUUUCAUUAACUUCACCUAUUCAGAGCACCUCUGGAUUGUUUCUUCUGAACCGUCCCAAUAUUUUUCUGAUGUCCUCUUCACUCUUUUGGGAUCCUUUUGGCAAGUUUUCCCUUUGGACUUCUUCCAGGAUAACCGGCUACAAUUCAAUCGCGCCAGGGAAGCAAGGACGAUAGGUAGUUUACUCCAAGAUAUCCUUCGAUACAAUAACACCUACAGGAUAAAGGCCAUAAAAUUUUGGUCAAAUUUUGUGUUUGCCGAAAAGCACCAGGUUUUACUUUUUCUCAUCUUUUUCCCCUCAUUUUUCACAAAUGAAGAAAUACGGCUUGUGUAUUUCGCACCAUGAAAGCGAUCGAUUUAUUGCUUUGUUCUUAUUUCUCUCGCC